CCGCUACCUCUUCCUGUUAGCUAACGCAGCGCUUUCAUGUCAUACCACAUUCGGCUUCUCGUUGUUUGAUACAUUUUUCUCCCUUUGGUGGACGUUUCGGAGCGAAACACAGUCAUGGCAGAGACCAUUCAAAAGAAAUUUGAACUGGAAUUAGAAAAGUAUACUGUGCUCCAGAAAGAUGUUACCAAGAGCAUGUCAGCCAGACAGAAGCUGGAGACGCAGCUGACAGAAAACAACAUUGUCAAAGAGGAGCUCGAUCUGCUGGACAGCUCUAAUACAGUUUAUAAACUCAUUGGUCCUGUAUUAGUGAAGCAAGACCCAGAUGAGGCCAAAGCCACGGUUGCAAAGAGGCUGGAAUACAUCAACGGGGAAAUUCAAAGGUAUGAGACGCUCUUGAAAGACAUGGAGAAGAAGUCCGAUCAACAUCGAGAAGUCUUGUGCAGUUUACAGCAGGAGCUUCAGAAAGCUCAGGGCGUCGGCAAAGUCUGACCAAGCGAUCCGGCCUCACGCAUGCUACACACACAAACACCGUAGAGAGGGUUAGAACGGGAUGUCACCCUACAACACUGAGUCUGAGGAAAUUCUGCUUGUACCUUGUCAUUAAUUUGCAGUGAUAUUACUGUGAGUUUUCUCUUGUUACUAAUAAACAUGUUUUUCAUUAAA